UCCGGAGAUUAACUUGACUCAAGGUGAUUUUGAUGCGUUCGGGCGCCAUGGUUAGCAGCAUAUAGACAAAAUAAAAAAUGGAUACUAUAACGAGCUACAAUUUAAGUGUUCCCGUUGGCUGUAAUGCCAUUGGUAAUAGUGGCCACACAGCAGCAGCUGAAACUAAAUGCUUACUCAAAUCCGUCAUAGAUACAAAUUAUGUAGGAGAAACAACACCACUUGCUAAUGAUUGGGCUUUGAAAGGGUGUAAUAUCACACAGGCAGCUUUUCAAUACGCUGGAUACAUACGAAUUGGUAAAACAGUUGGAUUAAUUGGAUACAUAAUCAUCGGUUGCCUUUUUGGUGGAGCUACCGGACUAGGAGCUAUUGCCGGAGGAGUUAUAGGAGCUGCAAUCUGGGGAAUUGGAGAACUUGUUAUUUGGUCAUUCUCCUAUUAUGGGAAUGAGCCAGCCAGCAAAGUCACCAGGCUGCUUGAUAUCAUAAUAGCUGGUUCCAUUAUUGGGGCACAAACUGGAACAACGGCAACGGCAGCAUUUGUGGGAGGAUUUGGAGGGGGUGCCGUUUUGGGAGCUAUAGAGCUCAUUGGUUGGCUGUUCUCUCACUGUGAGUGCCCACAAGCCAGUGAAGGCAUAAAGCUGCUUGGAAACAUAAUAUAUGGUGUAUUCAUUGGCGGAAUAGCUGGACCAGCAGCAGCAGUUUUGGGAGGAUUUGCAGGGGUGGCAAAUUGGGGGCUUGCGAUUUUUGGAGGCUGAUGACAGAAUUUAACACUUGCCAUGUGUAGUUGGCGUGUGGUACACAAUUUCAAAUUUACAUGUAAAUCUUAAUCAAUUUAAUUACAAUUAAUAAUUUGCUUUUGAUUUAUUUUUGUUAUCUCCCCUCUACUUUACUAUCUCUCUUUACUUCCUGCAAUUUGUGUUUGUUUCUUAGGCCUCUUAUAAUAAUAGUGAUACUAAUUAUAAUUAUUUAUAAUAAUAAUAAAA